AUGACGACCCUGCUGUGCCUCGGGCUCGCGCUCGCGCUCGGCCCGUACGUCGCGGGCGCAGCCUGCUACAAGGGCUACGAGAGCGCCUUCAGCUUCGACGCCGACCAGACCCGCCACGCCGCGUGGAUGAAGCACCUGCCCGACGCGGCCAACCUCACCAGCCUCAGCAUCCCCGGCACGCACGACACCAUGACCUACGGCAUCCGCAGGGCCGACCUGCAGUGCCAGAACUGGGACCUGGGCGUGCAGCUGCGCGCCGGCCUGCGCUACGUCGACAUCCGCGCCCGCAUGCUUCGCGACGAGCUGCACGUCUUCCACGCCGACCAGCCCACCGGCCACUCGUUGGCCGACGUCCUCCUCAUCCUGUUCGCCUUCCUCGACCGCCACCCCUCCGAGGCCGUCGUCAUGCGUCUCAAGAAGGAGGGCGGACCCGUCGGCAGGAACCGCCGCUCCUUCCAGCAGGGCUUCGACUACGUCCGGCUGGCGUCCCCGGCCACGCGCGCCGGCGCCGCCAAGCACCUCUACCUGUACGACGGCGGGGACGGGGACGGCGCCUCGGGGGCCCCCAUCCCCACGCUGGGCGAGCUCCGCUCCAAGGUCUUCCUCCUGCAGGACUGGUCGGACCGGGCUCGCCGCCGCACCUACGGCCUGCGCUGGGACGGCCCCCAGAUGGUCCUGGAGGACCAGUGGAAGGUCCCCGACAUGGGCCACCUGCACCGCAAGUGGGAGGCCGUCGAGGCGGCCCUCGGGAGGGCCAAUGCCGACGCCCUCGACAACCGCCACCUGUACCUGGCCCAUGUAUCGGCCUCGGUGGGCGUGCUGCCCAUCGAGGCGGCCGCGGGGGGGAGGACCGUCGCCGCUCGCCCCGAGGGCUUGAACGACAUGACGGGCCGAUGGGUGGAGGGCCGGUGGCGGGGCGGCCUGCGCACCGGCAUCGUGAUUUUUGAUUUUCCCGGGAAGAGGGCCAUCGAGGGGGUCUUGAGAUGGAACCACCAUCUAGAGGGGUAUAUAGGGGCGGGGGAGGGAGAGGUUGCCUGGGAUGCUGAGCGACUAUGA